CUAUCCUCUUUUCAACUUUGGUUUGUGAAUUCCGAUUCAUGUCUUCUCCUCUCACCAUUACACUCUCCUCUUCAUCUUCAUUUCCUCUUCUUCUCCAUCGCCAUGUUAGCAUUUCCAACGUGCUGUGCAGUCGUCACUUGUACCUCCGGCAAAAGCAGUUAUCUGCCAGGCAAUUGCCACGUCUCUGCUCUGUUAGUAGUGAUAAUAAUGUUUACGAGUCGCCAGAAUUUCAAAAUAGUCCUCUAGAUCAAAAAGGUAUUAUCCUAAAAGGUACUGCAGAAAAAGAUGAAACUAGUCAAACAGAAUCACCCACAUCAAAUACGAUUCUGACAAGAUUGAGAAGAUAUGGCGCUGCUGGAGUAUUAUCAUAUGGACUGCUAAAUACUGCAUACUACCUUACUACCUUUCUUAUUGUGUGGUUUUAUGUGGCUCCAUCACCUGGAAGAAUGGGUUACCUUGCUGCAGUUGAACGGUUUCUCAAAGUAAUGGCCAUGGUAUGGGCUGGUAGCCAAGUUACAAAGCUUGUCCGAGCAGGAGGGGCUUUAGCUCUCGCUCCUUUUGUGCACAGAGGACUAUCAUGGUUUACAACAAAGAUGAAGUUUGAAUCACAAGGGAAAGCUUUCGCGGUCGUUGCUGGGUUUUGCUUUGGCUUGGCUUUUAUGCUAUUUCUCAUAGUUACAUUACUCUGGGCAUGAUAAUGUUCUGUUCAUUCGUCCUAGUGGGAAUUUACCGAGUUCUUCUGCUGAAGCUAAUGCUUGUCCAGGCACAAAGUUAUCUCUUCCUAUGGAAUUUUUGUACAUGGCCUAGGAGGAUCUGACAAAAGAUGUUGCAUACCCUCUCGAAUUUUUAUCACGUUAGGAGUAUUGAAAUACUUGUAGAUCGUUCGCUAGAAUUUCUUGUAUCUGGUAUUGUUUUUUAGUGCCAGUCUUGUGUGUGUUUGAAAUAGAACCUUUGUCUUGUAAUCUGUGACUGAUGCAAUCAAGCUCUCUUACUGUUUGAGUAAUCAGCUCGUCAAUGAGAAAUACUUUGUCUGAAAUA